AGAUCUGAGAGCUGGGUCGCUGAGCAUCCAGAUUCCCCUCCCCUCCUUCUUCUUUCUCACUCCCUCUCCCAGUUCACCUUGUCUGUUCUGGCUGUGUGGUUUAUUAUUGCGUCAGAGCCAGAGAGAGCCAGCGAGAAGCAUGCCAGGGGAGAGCUCUCACAGAUCUGUCCCCGCCGACAACCACCCGGAGCAAGGAGCCGAGCAAACAGGGCUUCCAGGACCAGAUGUGAGCAGACACCCAUCUACAGACUCCACCCCAAGUGAUAGUGGCUCCUCCCCCAGUGACAGUUGUUCUAGUCCUUCUCCCAGUACUCCCCAGAAACUUCUCCCAGCAUGCACUUCUCCAUUUGGACCACGAAUAUUUCAUGCAACACCCAGAUCCUCUGGUUCUCCAAGGCCUCAACCUGAAGGCUCAGAUCAUCGGAACAACACAGCCAGAACGUCUGGUAAAUUAGGUGGUCAUGGACCAUGUGGCCGCCAUGUCCCUAUUAAGAUGGAAAGAAUAAAGGUCCUGACUGGUUCAGAGGUGGAGAGUGACUACCAAGAACCUCAAACCAUUGACACAAGGGUGGUGAUGGGGGAAGAGACACUGUUAAAAACAGCAGAAAUGCAAAAAGGGAAUCCUCCAGGUGAACUAAGUGGUCAGGGUAGCCCUUUACCAGCUAUUCCAAGUUUAUCUCGUCCUCAGGCACAAGCAAAUGAGACACAGCUGGAAAUCUGCAAUGAGGAAAGCCAGUUGCAAAUUGUUCAGAGACCAGAAGAUGAGGAAAAAGUUCCUGUACAGCCCUUAACCAUACUGCCUGCCGCCUAUUCCACAGAGCCACUCACAACAGAUGACAAUUCAACGGACAACAAAAAAGAGGAUGAGACCCUCUCUCAGGAUGAAGUGCCUUCACUGUCUUUUUCUGAGCUGACUUGUCCCGUUGCUCUGUCCUUCUCUGAGCCAGCCUAUGGCGUUGACCCCCUACGAGUGGGUGUACCCUCAUCUCUUGAUCCAGACCUUUUCUAUACCGCUCCUUCCACUCCCAUCAAGAUGGCUUCUCACUCUUCGCACCUUAAACAUCAUUCAUAUCCUGGCUCUCCAUCCUGCCCUCUCUCCCCUGGCUCUCCCUCUGACAGUGAGGACCUCUGUUCUCCUCUCACUUCUCCUUCUGGCUCUUAUAUCACAGCAGAGGGUGGCAGCUGGACUUCGUCUUAUACUUCCUCCACCUCCCCUUGCACUUCUCCAAACCUGCUCCUUGCAGAAGAAACUAAGGAAGCCCCUGCUUGCUUUGUGAACUCCUUAUCAGAGAUUGGAGACGAGGUUGGAGAAGAAAAGGGGCGAUUGGGUCCAGAACGGGAAGAGGAAAGAACUAGGGACUUCUGUCUGUAUCAUCCUGGGAAUUUUGUAAUGAACUCACAAGUGGGUAUAACAGACAUAGUUAUCCCUGAGGAAGAUGAAGCUAUAAAAGGGGAGGAGGCUAAUAUUUCCAGACAAAGUUCUCAUCCUUGCUGGGUGACUGAGAAUGUAUCACCUGUAAGGAGCAGCAGUAGUAGCAGCAGUGACUCGCAAGAGGAUGGGGGGGGGUCAGAAAUUUCACUCUGCCCGCUAUAUACCACUGCAGAGAGAACAGACUCCAAACCCAUGCAGACAGGCCUACGACUGCAACUGGAGGCUUGUAUAUCAGAUCAUCAAGGACAGAUGGAUGCCCACCCAGAACUUGCUUCCACUGCGUUGACUCCUGACAUAGAGAACAUGACAAUGGCCUCUUCUAGCCUCAGUUCUGACUCACCAAUCCUCCCAUUGGAUGCCUUCUGUACUGGAGCAUUUGAUCCACAUGACGCCAGUUCUUUCAUAUUUGCCCAGGCAGCAUGUGCUGAUGAUAUACCAGAUGAGGAAAGAAUGAUCCCUGCUUCCCUCAUCCCAUUUCCACUUCACACCAGCUUGAUCUUCAGGGCUGAUUCAAUGGAAAUUACCCUCUUCCCUACAAAAGAAGAAAAUGAAACAGAAGUUAAUGAAACAAAUGAUGUUGAUGCAUAUGCUGCAGGAGAGGAGGAGGCAGAUGUAGAAGAUGAUGAUGAUGAUGAAGAGGAUGAUGAAGAGGAUGAUGAUGAUUAUGAAUAUGAUGAUGAUGAUGAUGAUGAUGGCAAUGAAGAUGCUACUCCUAAUAGCGAUGAAGAUGAGGAAAAGGAUAAAGAUGAGGAUAGCAAUUUGUUGGACGAAGCAGGCAAAGAAGCAAAAGUAGAGGUAAAAGUGGUAGAAGAAGAGCAAAAGGAGAAAGAGGAGGAGCAAGAAGACGAUGAGGACGAUGAUGAGAGUGAUAGCAAAGGAGGGGAAGAUCCUACAGAUGAGGACAGCUCUUCAUCUUUCCUUCAUUCACUUUCAGAAACAUCUAUCAAUGAGGGACUAGAUGAAUCCUUCUGUUUCCAAGAUGAUACAGAUGAAUCAUUAGAUUCUGCCUCUUACAAUGGGGAGGAAGAUGAAAAGCUAUAUAGCACUGAGAGGCAUGCACAAUCACUUGAACCUUUACCAGCAGAUGGACUUGAUCUUACUAAAAUCCAACAACCUGAAGAGGGGUCAAGUCAAACUGCACCUUUGCACAGACAACAAAGUGUGGAUAAGCUAGUGGAUCAGUCUGAAACCGCCUGUCUUUCUGAAACCAUUGAUGCCUAUCCUGAAGGAAACAAUGCAGAAGUCAAAGCUCUUGGUGUACCUCCACCCCCUGAACGACAAUCAGACCACACAUUGGAAUCAAUCAGGGAGAAAGGAGAGAAAAACACCACACAAAUGCAAGUGAACUCCAAUACACCUAUGGAUAACCAGAAACCGCCCUGUCCUUCAGAGACAAAUUCUUGCCAACCAGAGUCCCUCUCUGACUUGAAUGAGACAGGGGUGAAGAGAAAGAUGACGAAUAUAGCUCUUUCCUCCACUACCCUUGAGAAGCUUAAGGAGAACCCUAAUCAGUCCACUACUCCCACUUUUAGUCUUACAUCACCUAUUUCUGCAACUGAGUCCGAAACUAUUCCUGCAACUGAGUCCCAUACUAUUCCUCCUGUCAUUUCAGUGCCAGAGACAACAGCCCUGAACAGUUCAGUCCUUCCAGAACAAUUGUCAGAGGAAAAUCCAAGUGUUAAGGAUGUUGCAUUGAAAUUGCACUGUGAUUAUACAGACGCAGAGCUCACAAAGGAACCUGAGAGAGAUUCCUUCAAAUUGCUGAUCAAGCCUCGUCAUAACCCCCCGGAAAGCAAAAAGGCUGUAGGAGCAAGCAGAAUUGCAUUAUCAAAGUCUUUUUCUAGCAAAUACAAUGUGCCUCUAGGAGGAGAAGCUGUGAGCAAGUCAGGAAGUAACAAUGAAUCAGACCAUGAAGUUGACCAGAAGAAUGGGAAUGCCUCUGCUGAGUCUGUGACUGUGGAGUGUAGAAUUAGUGACUCUGGUCCUUCGCUGAAUAUGGUCACACCUACCAAUGACUUAAAUAAAGGGGUUCUUCUUCUGUCCUUCCCUAAAGAGCAGAGUCCCAACCCCAGUAAUAUCCCUGUGUCUGCCUUUCCAGAAGUCAUCUCAGAAGUUGGUGACAACUUAGCUUUGACUCCUGAACACUGCCCAGGUGAUUCUGCCCAAGAGAACCUAAGGGAGAACUCUCUGACCACUGAUGAGGGAAUCCUGGGAGCUGUUGGAUCCUUACACUCUCCCCUUGCUAUUUCACCUAAAAGAGAAAAUUCAGAGACAGACACAAGUAGAGAAGUGGGUCUUGGAGCUGGAGCAUGGUGUGAUGACAGGAUGGGGCUGGGUUUUGGUUUAGGAUUUGAAUCAACAGAUGAGUUUGGUGUCUGGGGAGCAGGAGAGUCACUGUCUUUGUCUCUUGGCAAGAGGUAUGAGUUAGAGGCAGAGGGCCUUCUCAUGUGUGACACAGAGGACCAAAGUACACAGAAAUCCAUGGUUCCUAAUAUAAGCAGCAAAGUGUGUAAAAAUUAUGACAAUGUCUUGGCUUCUAUUGUGGAUGAGAAAGAUAGCAACAGUUUGAGCGGAGAAAAGAAGCAAAAGGUGGAUGAAGAACUGGUUACAAAGGCAAUUUCUGAGUCCAACUUGGCCACGUGGAAGUCUGUUGAGGAGAUCUCAGAAGCAGGCGGAGGAGAGGAUGAAAGCUUGAGAUUCCAAGAGGAUGUCAGUAAUUUGAAUCCAGACAAUGAAGAUGAUAACACAGACACACAAAUACAAGGCACUUGGAGGAAUUCAAACAAUUCUGCUUUUGACUAUUUGGCAGUGGGCAUGUUUGGAAGCCUGAAUGCUCUUUCAGAGGAAGUGAGACACCAGGGUAUGAGUGCCAGUGUUAGAGAGUCUGUGUCCAAUAUUCCACUAGAAGAGAUGCCUACUCAGGUCUCAGAUAAGACUCCUGGUAAGGAAACAGAGCCAGCAGAGGGCCCCAUAAACCGAACAAUAGACAUAACGCAAAAACAAGAAUCAAAAGAGGGUGUUUUCAGCAUCUCAGAAACAGUGGUUGAUACUUACACAGAUGGAUCUGCUGUAGCAAAAAGCAUUGAUUCACCAAGUAUAUGUGACUCAAUAAGUGACACUAGUCCAGAAUGUCAACCAGUAACAACUCAAAAAGAAGUUGCAAAAGAGGGUGUCUCUAGCAACUCACAAUCACCAACUGAUGCUAACCUGGCUCCAGCUACGAUAGCGAAAAACACUGAUUCUCAAAGUAAAUCUGAGUCAACAUCUGAUUCUAGUCCAGAACAGCCAGUCACAACUCAGAAAGAUGUUGCAAAAGAGAGUGUCUUUAGCAACUCAGAACCAACAACUGAUGCUAAAGUGGAUGCAGCUACAAUAGUGAAAAACACUGAUUCCCAAAGUAAAUCUGAGUCAACAUGUGAUUCUAGUCCAGAACAGCCAGUCACAACUCAGAAAGAAGUUGCGAAAGACAGGGUUUCUAGCAACUCAGAACCAACAACUGAUGCUAAAGUGGAAGCAGCUACAAUAGUGAAAAACACUGAUUCCCAAAGUAAAUCUGAGUCAACAUGUGAUUCUAGUCCAGAAAAGCCAGUCACAACUCAGAAAGAAGUUGCGAAGGACAGGGUUUCUAGCAACUCAGAACCAACAACUGAUCUUAACGCGGAUGCAGCUAAAAAAGUGAAAAAGACUGAUUCCCAAAGUAAAUCUGAGUCAACGACUACUCCAGAACAGCCAGUCACAACUCAGAAAGAAGUUGCAAAAGAGAGUGUUUUUAGCAACUCUGAACCAACAACUGAUGCUAACGUAGUUUCAGCUACAAUAAUGAAAAACACUGAUUCCCAAAGUAAAUCUGAGUCAACAUGUGAUUCUAGUCCAGAACAACCAGUUACAACUCAGAAAGAAGUUGCAAAAGAGAGUGUUUUUAGCAACUCUGAACCAACAAAUGAUGCUAAUGUAGCUGCAGCUACAAUAGUGAAAAACACUGAUUCCCAAAGUAAAUCUGAGUCAACAUGUGAUUCUAGUCCAGAACAACCAGUUACAACUCAGAAAGAAGUUGCAAAAGAGAGUGUUUUUAUCAACUCUGAACCAACAAAUUAUGCUAACGUAGCUGCAGCUACAAUAGUGAUAAACACUGAUUCCCAGAGUAAAUCUGAGUCAACAUUUGAUUCUAAUCCAGAACAACCAGUCACAACUCAGAAUGAAGUUGUAAAAGAGAGUGCCUUUAGCAACUCAGAACCAACAACUGAUGCUAAUGUGGCUGCAGCUACAAUAGUGAAAAACAAUGAUUCCCAAAGUGUAUCUGAGUCAACAUGUGAUUCUAGUCCAGAACAGCCAGUCACAACUCAGAAAGAAGUUGUACAACAGAGUGUCUUAAGCAACUCAGAACCAAUAGCUUAUACUAACGUAGAUAUGGCUAGAAUAGCAAAAACCAUUGAAUCACCAAAAAAACCUGAGUCACGAUAUGAUACUCGUUUAGAGUGCAAGCGAGCCACAGAGAGUAAAAUCUUUUCUUUACCACAGGGAACAUUUGGACAUUUCCCUGCUAAGAGUAAAUCUAAUACUUCCCCACCAAGCUGUGGCCAUGAAAACAAAGAAGAAAAUACUGUCACUCUGUCAGAUACAGAGAUGGUUGAGUGUCAGACUGAGGACCAAAGAAUAUCUGAUGCCAGUCCUGUAACCGUUGAAGAACCAAAAACUGAAGAUGCCUUUAGAGGACAGCAUUGUGCUGUUUCUAACUCAGGGGAAAAAGAUGAAGAAUGCAAAGAGAAAGAGAAAGAUGACAAGAAAGAUAAGAAGAAAGCAAAAGAUGGAAAAAAUAUUUCUGCACAGAAUGGUUCAGAGCACUUUUCAUCUCAUGCCCUUAAAGGGGGACUUUGCACAGAUAUACCGGCUGCUGCUACGAAAGAGAAGAGGAGAAAGCAGAAUAAAAACAGAGUGUCUCAGACAGGAAGUCGAGCUGACUUCAGUCCUGAAUCUGUUGAUUAUCCAAAACCUUUGAUUCCAUUUAAUACCACAGCAGAUGGGUGGUCAAAGGGGAUUGCAGACAGUUCUAAAGCUAAGAAAGGGUAUAAUGCAAACAGCAACAACUUUACAUCACUGGAUUGUCAACAGAAAAUAUCUGGAACAGACAAAAUUGAAUCUGCUUCAGAGAUGCUGGGAUACAGUCCCCGUCCUGAUGCUGAAAGACAAGAACAAUGCAAUUCUACCACGAGAAUGCCAGACAACCUCAAUAUAGUGGUUUCAAAGAACCAAGACUUACAUGAGAAGCGGGAAGUGCUUGAUAACAGACCACUAUCUGAUACUCCAAUUGGAAUCACAGUGGACAUUAAUGAUAACAACAUAGACACUGGGCCCAACCAACACUCCCAGAAUAUCAUGCCAUGCUCUCUGACUCCUUUCUCCUCCACCACCUCCUUUAUAUUUUCCACCAACUCCUCCCCUUCCCCACCUUCUGCUUCAACAAAGCAAGAGAAUGGCCUUUCUACACCUGUACAGGAAUCCCAACCUAUCCUCUCAGCCCAACAACAAUCUUCAUUGUCUACAUGUCACACAACCCCUUCUCCUUUCUCUGCCUCCUCCACAACACAGCGUUCUCCUGAUUCUUGUUCUCCUUCAAACAACAACCUCAAAGAGGUCACUGAUGUAUUUUCUGCCAAAACUGUCUCUUCACCUUCCCUAUCCACUACUAUACCUUUAAACCUGUCCAAGGCUACCCAGGAGACAGGGGCUGUAGACACAGUAUGUGUUCCAGACUCAUCUACUCAUACCCAGUCUCAGUCUAGCUCACGUCCUCAGGCUAAUGUCAGUACCCACCCUCAUAAACAGAUCAAGCAAGAUCAAACUUGGAUAACCCAAGACAAGGCCAGAGGUCCAGUUUUGGCCAGAGAGGAGACAGACAGUGAAGAGGAUGGUGGACAGCCUCCGCGAGGUUGGAGAUCUCAGCCCAGAGGCAUUGCAGGAAGCAAAAAUGGAUUGUCACGGAAUCAGUCUGGUCCAGUCAGUCAACAGGAUAUCCAGCCCUUCUUUACCCACCAACGGACCGAGAGACAGUCAGGCUGUCCGAUCAACCACAGCCACAACAUUUCUGAAGAGACUGACCUAUCCCUCAAAAAUGACUGUUCUAUGUUGGCUUCCUGUAAUGAGUCUGAGAGUGAAGGGUCAGUGCCUGAACUGGAGGAACCAGAGCCCCUGAGACCAUCAGAACCACAGUCUGUCUCUUCUGCAGAUGAAGGACUGAACAGACCAAAGCAGAGCCGCAGUGAGAAGAAGGCCCGCAAGGCAAUGUCUAAACUGGGUCUGAAGCCAGUCCAUGGUGUUACCAGAAUAACCAUUAGGAAGUCCAAGAGUAUCCUGUUCGUCAUCAGCAGACCAGAUGUAUUCAAAAGCCCUGUGUCAGACAUUUAUAUUGUAUUUGGAGAGGCAAAGAUCGAAGACCUAUCUCAGCAGGCUCACAAAGCAGCUGCAGAGAAAUUCAAGGUACCUGUGAUGUCCUCUCCUUUAACCCCACCUGUCCCACCCAGCCUCACCAUCAAGGAAGAGAGUGAAGAAGAGGAGGAGGAGGUGGACGAAGGAGGCCUUGAGCAGAGAGACAUUGAGCUAGUGAUGGCUCAAGCCAAUGUGUCACGAGCCAAAGCCGUCCGAGCCCUGAAACACAACAACAAUGACAUUGUGAAUGCUAUCAUGGAGCUGACCAUGUGACUGAGGUCUGAGGACACUUUUACUCCCAACUCCUUUCCAGCCUAUAAAGCCUAAACACCACUGACUCUUCUGUAUCGCUGCCGCUGUAUCUUGCAUCCCCAGUAUCUGCUAAAUAAAGUCUGUUCCA